GAAAUAUCGUUGUUGCUACAAUAAAUUUGUCAUCAGAAGUUGCAAAACAAGAUGUGAUCACGACGAUUGCCCCUAUUAUAACCCGAAUGCUAAAGUAUAAGGGCUAGAACGGGAUAAUCGAGUUAUUUUCCAACAGUGGAUUCUUAACUCACAAAUUCGUGUUGAUGUGACAUAGGUACCUAGGCUAUGGAGUUGACUUGGCAGAUUAGGUAUUUAAACAUGUCCUGCUUUCGUGGAGUGAGUACUGCCAUAGGCCGACGAAUUCUCAACCAAACAAGCCUCGAAUAUUAAAAGUUGAACUACAUCUUACAUUUAAUACAAUUACUUGCUGUAAUCAGCAAUGCCAGUCACAGAAGCAAGCAUCUUACCUUCUACUAAGCCUGGCGAAAUACCCAAAGUGCUUCUCGACCUGGGCAUAUCCGGAAUUACUCUACAGGGCGAAUGGUGCGCUACUCACGCACCAUGGCUGACGAAAGACCGUGGCGCUGCCCUAUUCCAGCAAAUCGAGGACCCGGGUGUUGCACUCAUCACUGCCCACUGGGACUCAGUUGAGCAGCACCAUGAAUGCGUCGCCAGUCCCGCAAACCAGAAGCUCAACAUUGAAUUGGUGCCGCAUAUUGACGUGACAAAGAUGAAGCCGGGCCAUCUCGAUGGGAGUUAUUUAUUCCCUGCCGCUGAGGAUGGUGAAGGAUUGGUAUCCGCAGUAAAGGCGCCAGUCCUCAGUGUGAUGAGGUGGGCGGUAGCACGCGAAAAUAAAGACCAAUUUGGGGAGGCGCUGAGUAAGGUUAAGGGUACCUUGGAUACGCUUACAACACCGUAUCGUCAUCGUGGUGGAUGGAAAAUCGAGAAGGAUGGGGGAGAGAACAUUGAGCAGUAUUUCAUAAUCGGUGGUUUAGAGAACGAAGAAAAAGGCGCAUCGAUCACUGAAGCGGAGGGUUAUGAUGGAUAUUACAAGGCGCUUUCUUCGCUGGCGUUGGGUGCUGAAACUAAGCACUACAAGCGAAUCGCUUGAAUGCGACGGAAUAGGGAGAUGCAAGGCACCCCAUAAUUGCGUACCUACCUAGGUAAUUACGGAAGAAAUAGGCAGCAGGAAUUCUGAUACCUUAGCCAUCGCAUCCUACCAUCCCAUUGAUAUGAUGCUUAUUAGGAUCGCGAAAGUUUAUAAGCUGCAUAGCCUCAAGUUUUCGGUUCAGAAAAGGGACUAUUGUCGUUAAUUUGUAUGUUAAGAGUAGAAUUUCCAUGGGGGCUUGAUUUUAGGCGAUGGAACGGCGGGAAUCCUGCGCCACGGUCCAGGUUUCAAUGCUAAACACGCCAAUCAAACGUCGACUUGGCUGAUUGGAUGGUCUUCCGAUCGGUUGAGAGCGCUGGAGGUUGGGGCCAAUCAUCCCCGCGAUAAUCUCGCUGCCUUGAGCGAUCAACAAGCGGCUUCGUUGCAUCGAGGGCCAGGACGCGUGCUUGACAUCAGAUUUAAUUCUCUUAUUCAGCU